CUCCUGGUCUGGAUGGGAUGCCUGGUUUUAAUGGAUCCGAUGGAAUUCCUGGCGUUCCUGGGCAGAUGGGAGAACCCGGAAGACGAGGGAAACCAGGACCAAAAGGUGACCCUGGAGAGAAAGGAGAAAAAGGAGACCCUGGUGAAAUGGGCCUACCUGGGAAAAACGGGACGCCGGGAGAAAAAGGGUCGAGAGGGGCCAAGGGAGAUAAAGGCGACACCAGCAACGAUGUUGCAGCAGAAGGUGUGAAAGGUGAACCAGGCCCCCCAGGCCCCCCCGGCCCCCCAGGGCUUCCAGGACCUCCCGGGCCGCCGGGGAAACGGAAAGCAAAAGCCCAGGUGGAGGAGAAUAUGUUCAGUGCCAAGUGUGUAGGGGAGACGUGUGCGGUUCCAAAUGACGACACUCUGAUAGAAAAAGCUGGAGAAAAGGCAAACCUCUAUCACCACAAAAAAUCAGAAUGUAUCGUCAAGUCAAUCGGAAGCCCUGCCGAGAUUAAGAAAAUGAAAGAGACUUUUGGGGUGUGGAUGGUGGAUCCUGCCAAUCACAGCGACGAGCGGAUUUGGACGACGGAACAUUUUACAGGCAGAACAGUCAAAGAAUACGCAGACCUGGCUGCCUUGCUGAAUGACAGCUACGAAGUCAUUGCUCUCCCGUGGAACUUCUACGGAUGCGGCCAUACCGUCUACAAUAACGCAAUAUACUAUCAGAAAAUAGGGACCAACAGCAUUGUGAAAUUCGACCUGGGGACAAAGUUGUCCCAAGCUCUCCUGAUCGAGCAAGCGUGGAGCCACAUGCGCCAUUACCUCUUCGCUUAUUCCAAGACCUACUUCAACAUUGCGGUGGACGAGAUGGGAUUCUGGGUGAUGUACGUGGAGAGGUUUCACGAAAACAUCAUGGUGGCCUACGUGGAGGAGGAGAAGUUCUCGGUGCUGCUCCACGUCAACACCACCUACCCGAAGUCCAAAGCUGGCAACGCCUUCAUCGCCUGCGGGGUGCUGUACGUCACCGACAAGGACGAUACCUACGUGGCGUUUGCUUUCGACCUGCUGAGCGAAAAGCAGAUCGACGCCAGUUUCGAGCUGAAACGGAGGCCGUCCAACCUGGCCAUGCUCACCUACAACCCGAGAGAUAAACACCUCUACACCUGGGAAAAGGGCUCGCUGAUGCGAUACCCUGUCCAUUUUACCAGCUGAGCACGUCCCGU